CGCCCAGCGGCACCGCCAGCGCCGCUCCCGCCCCGCGCCGCGGGCCGGGCCGCCGCCAGAGGGGCUGCGCUGGCAGCCAUGCCCGCCUCCGAGGCCGUGCCGCAGCCGUCCUCCAGCAAGAGGCAGAAGUGCUCGGGGCCCGGCGAGCACAGCACUCGGCUCCGCUUCACCAAGCUGUCCGAGAAUGCCUUCACACCCUCCAGGGGCUCCGCGCGGGCUGCGGGCUACGAUCUGUACAGUGCCUAUGACUGUGUGAUACCACCCAUGGAAAAGGCUGUAGUGAAAACAGACAUUCAAAUAGCACUUCCUUCUGGGUGCUAUGGCCGAGUAGCACCACGUUCUGGUUUAGCUGCAAAGCACUUCAUAGAUGUUGGUGCUGGUGUUAUUGAUGAGGAUUACAGGGGAAAUGUUGGUGUAGUACUCUUCAACUUUGGCAAGGAGACUUUUGAAGUUAAAAAAGGCGAUAGAAUUGCCCAGCUCAUCUGUGAACGCAUUUAUUAUCCUGAGCUAGAAGAAGUCGAAGCUCUGGAUGAUACGGAUCGUGGUGAAGGUGGCUUUGGUUCUACUGGGAAGAACUGAGAAUUACUUGAAUACGCUUUAUAUUUUUUUUUGUGUUACACUGUUUCUAAAUUUUCAUUUGAAUUAGAAGUGGCAUUUUAGGACUGCAUAAAAACAUUUCUAGUUUUAUUGCAGCUUUUCUGUAUCCUCCUGUCUAUUUUUACAGGCAGUGAAUUUGCAUAAUGGGGAAAUGUGCAUGACUGGCUUGGCUGAGCAGUUGAUGUUUGAUCCUCAACAAUAAGAACAUGUUGUUUAUGUUUUGAUUAUACUCUAAUAAAUUAAGAAAUAAGUUCAUGA